AUGCCACUUGAAGUAACUGCUAGUUUGGACCGAGAUGUUGCAAUUUAUUUGGCUGGCGAAACAUUGCGAGUAACAGUCACGAUUCAAAAUGUGACAAAUCGAGGAAAAAUUAGUCAAACCGAGCAAUUAGCAUGGGGAAGUGUCCAAUUUAUAUGUGGUGAGCUUUUUGUGAGGAAGUUUCGAAAAAUAAACACAGAAAUUAUAAUGCUAAAUUUAAUUUUGAAAUUCUAAAUUGAUCUUUUUAAAGUGGUUACCCUGGCCUGAUUCUCCAACUCUUUUCUAAAAAUAAUAAGUUCUGACUAGUUGGGACUGGGUAGAAAUGCAAAAUGACCGCAAAAUUAAUAAUCAAUAAAAAAGCAAAUAAGAAGCGUGAACUUUCUUGGCCCAUUAAUUUUAAAUAAAAACGUGGUAUUCUUGUUUUCAAAUGUCAUUUCUAAAUUUUUAUCAGUUUUUAAAACAACAAAUUAAAUCGCUACAGAAUCUGAAACAUAAAAAUUAGGGUUUCAAAACUGCCUUACAAACUGAAUCCCACUUUUUCAAUUUCUAGAAAGAACAAUCGGUGCCUCGACAAAAUGGCCAUCAAAUCGACCUCGUCCACCAACAACUUCAAUGGUUCGACCCGCUUCAACAGUUUAUUCUUCUCAACCAAAUAUCAUUUUCUGCGAACUCAAACUUGCUCCGAAUCAAUCAAAACAAUUUACAUGUGAUAUUCCACUUUCUCGUAAUUCCAUCCCUCCAACUUUUCGAGGAACUCUUGUCAAAUAUUCAAAUCGUGUUACUGUAGCUGUUUCACACGUUCAGGCACAUAUUCGAAUUGCAAAUUUACCUGUUCGAAUUAUUCCAUCAGUUGGACUUGAAGCCAAAUUAUCGAUCCCUGAAAACCCUUUUUUGGCAUCAACUAUGACGAAACCAACGGUUAUUGAGGUUGGUUUUGAUCUGAAUGAUUUUCAAAAAUAAUACAAUAUAUUUCCAGACAGUGAUGGCUACUGUGGAUGAUUUAACAAUGUCUCGUAAAUCGCUUGCCUAUUCACUUGUUCAUUCUUCAUCUCGUGUUGCUCUUCUUACUUUACCUAAAAAAGCAUAUAAAUUAGGAGAUGAUGUUUGUGGUUAUUUGGAUUUCAAAGACUCCAAAACACCAUGUGUUCAAUAUUCAGCAUCAAUUGAAACUGAAGAAAAAAUGAUUGAUCCGGAUGUUGAAGAAAAUGAGGAAACUGAACAUAAACGAGUAAGUUCUUCUAAAAAAAUUAAUUUUUAUUGAAAUUUUUCCCCUCCAGAAAAUCACAAAAACCCAUUCACUGAUAUCUCCGAUUACUGUAUUCACUGAAGAUUCGACAUUUCGCUUGAAUAUUCCACUUGGAGCUGCGCCUACAUUUUCGACUGAUUCGGUGCAAUUAAAAUGGAAAAUUCGAUUUGUAUUCGUUGUUUCAUCACAGGAAUAUGCGGUUCAUGUGAAGGAUAAUAUUGUGCAUUCAAAUGCUCCAACGGGUGAGAGUUUUAAGAAUAAUUUAAUUUUGUUUGAAAAAGUUUGAACUGGGGUUUUUUUUAAUCUUUAAGACAAAAAAUGGAUUUAAAAUAAUUUUAUAGCGCGAAAUGGGUUCGAAAAACUUUUGUUUUAAAUUUCUAGAAAAGUUCAGGAAUUCAGUGAGAACCAAAAAACAGAGAACUCUGAAAAUUGUAUUAAUCUAUGAUUUUUAUAUCCAUUUUAUUACACAUUUUCAUAUUAAUUUUAAAUGAUCCUAGUUUUAAUCAUUCUGAAACUGUUCUAAGUUAUAGCUCUAAACUUUUUAAGCAUAAAUUAAAUUUUAGUCCAAAACUGUCUUUUUUUAAUAAAAUAAAAAAUUGUCGAAAUUAUCGAACUUUACUAAUAUCGUUUUCUAGCCUAAAAGUUCCUAAAAAUACAAUUUUUCCCUUCAACUUCUUCAAUUCAAAACUAGAUUUUCUCUCCAAUUUCUGAACCAAAUACAUUUCUUUGUUCAGAAGUUCCUGUGGAAUCAUUCUCCUGGUCCACCGAAAUUCUUGUUCUCCCAUGCAAACCACAAAAUGCGGCACUUCUCGAUACAACAUUCCCAAAUACAGUCUCUUUAUCUGUCUAA